AUGUGUGAAUAUAAAUUAACAUUUUAUAUCUUUAGUAAUAUCUUUAGUAGAGUACGCCAAAUAUCAUUUAAAAGCUUUGAUAUUGGACUUAAAAUUGGUAAGGGAGGGUUUGGCAAUGUUUACAUUGCAAGGGAAAAAAUGAGUGGCUAUAUAGUAACCUUGAAGGUGCUAUCUAUUGAGCAACUAAUUAAAGAAGAUGCUGAGAAACAACUGAGUUGCGAAGUAGAUACUCAGGCCAGUCUAAG